AUGACCAAUUCGCAGCGGAGCGGUGAUCCCAAUCGAGACAAUUUCCUAAACCCAAGGGAAGUUUUGACUAACAACCAGCAGUCGUUCGAUAAUUCCGGAAUCGAAUUGUCACGCGACACAGUUGUCGUUGUCCAUGGACACCAAGCCAGCGCUUUCAGUUCUCUUAACCCAGCUUUGAAGAAUACUUUUCUUCAAAACUAUGACGUCAACGUGAUCGUAGUUGACUGGGCAACAAACGCUCGAUUGAGUUAUUCCUUGGCCGUCUCCGCCGUACCCAGCGUCGGAGCUUACAUAGGAGACCUCAUUUCAACACUGGUGGAUGCUAAUAAAGUGAGCCUAGAUAGACUGCAUUUAAUUGGAUUUGGUUUGGGAGCACACGUUGUUGGCUUCGCGGGAAGGAAAUUGCAAGGAACGAUUGCGAGAAUAACUGGUUUGGAUCCUUCUGGACAACAAUGGGGAAGUAACUCGGGCCGACUAGCAAAUUCGGACGCCCGCUACGUCGAAGUAAUCCACACUGAUAGUGACGGUCUACUUUCGAACGGCCUCGGCAUUGCGAUAGGAGACGUCGACUUUUUCCCCAACGGUGGAAGCAACCAGCCCGGCUGCCUUCUCUCCAGCACUUGCAGUCACAAUCGCGCCUGGGAACUGUUCGCGGCGACGUUACGCGUGGACAACGAACUGGUGGGCAACGGUUGCGCUUCUGCCAGGCAGUUGAAAUGGGACCGUUGUAAUGGCGAUCCAUUGAAAAUGGGCACAAACGAAUACUCCAAACGGGGG